AUGGGGAAGGGAGGUAACCAGGGUGAGGGGAGCACGGAGCGCCAGGUUCCGAUGCCCACCUUCCGCUGGGAGGAGAUUCAGAAGCACAACCUGCGCACGGACCAGUGGCUCGUCAUCGACCGCAACGACCGCAAGGUCUACAACGUCACCAAAUGGUCCAAGAGGCACCCGGGGGGCCACCGGGUCAUCGGACACUAUUCAGGAGAAGAUGCUACGGAUGCCUUCCGUGCCUUCCACCUGGACCUUGACUUCGUGGGCAAGUUCUUAAAGCCCCUGCUGAUUGGUGAGCUGGCCCCAGAGGAGCCCAGCCUGGACCGGGGCAAGAGCUCUCAGAUCACUGAGGACUUCCGGGCCCUGAAGAAGACUGCUGAGGACAUGAACCUGUUCAAAACCAACCACCUGUUUUUCUUUUUCCUCCUGUCCCACAUCAUCAUCAUGGAAAGCAUCGCCUGGCUCAUCCUCUCGUACUUUGGCAAUGGCUGGAUUCCAACCCUCAUCUCUGCCUUUGUCCUUGCUACCUCUCAGGCCCAAGCUGGAUGGCUACAGCAUGAUUAUGGCCAUCUUUCUGUCUAUAAGAAAUCCAUAUGGAACCACAUUGUCCACAAGUUUGUCAUUGGCCACUUAAAGGGUGCCUCCGCCAACUGGUGGAAUCAUCGCCAUUUCCAGCACCAUGCAAAGCCCAACAUCUUCCACAAGGACCCGGACAUAAAGAGCCUGCACGUGUUUGUCCUUGGCGAGUGGCAGCCCCUCGAGUAUGGCAAGAAGAAGCUGAAAUACCUGCCCUACAACCACCAGCAUGAAUACUUCUUCCUGAUUGGACCUCCGCUGCUCAUCCCUAUGUACUUCCAGUACCAGAUCAUCAUGACCAUGAUCAGCCGCAGGGACUGGGUGGACUUGGCCUGGGCCAUCAGCUACUAUGUGCGUUUCUUCUACACCUACAUCCCUUUCUAUGGCAUCCUGGGAGCCCUGGUUUUCCUCAACUUCAUCAGGUUCCUGGAGAGCCACUGGUUUGUGUGGGUCACACAGAUGAACCACAUCGUCAUGGAGAUUGAUCUUGAUCACUACCGGGACUGGUUCAGCAGCCAGCUGGCAGCCACCUGCAAUGUGGAACAGUCCUUCUUCAAUGACUGGUUCAGCGGGCACCUCAACUUCCAGAUCGAGCACCACCUCUUUCCCACCAUGCCACGGCACAACUUGCACAAGAUCGCUCCACUUGUGAAGUCUCUCUGCGCCAAGCACGGCAUUGAGUACCAGGAGAAGCCACUGCUGAGGGCCCUGCUGGACAUUGUGAGUUCCCUGAAGAAGUCUGGGGAGCUGUGGUUGGAUGCCUACCUCCAUAAAUGA